GAACCCAACGCUCUGGUGACCUCUGGUGGCAUGAUUGCCGGUCCCCCAUCCGCCUUCAAAGGCUUAAUACAGAGUAUACUACGACGCGCGACGAGUCUGACCUAGGUAUAACUAAGGGAGAAACUCAAAUGGUCACUCCUUAGACAUUCCAGCCAACGGCGAAAGGUCGACUCCUGGUUUCCUUUAUGUAUCACCCAACUAACGUUGAAGCAUCUAAACUCCAGCAUGAAACCCAAGAAACCCAAGCCUAAAACCCAUUCUACACAACAGAAGAAUGCGCGAGCCCUCCGACGCGCCCUCUGGUCAAUCACACCUGAAAGCUGUCACCCGCAGAAACAAUCCCCACUCUUCUCCACCCUUCCACCAGAAAUCCGCUUCCUGAUCUUCGAAUACGCCGUCACACAAACAUCCGACUACACAUUCACCCUAGAGAAAACCUCACGCCACUACCGCCCCGGCCACGAGCACCCCACCCGCAUCUCCACCUCCCUGCUCCUCACCUGCCGCCUGAUCUACAGCGAGACGCGCGCCAUCCCUCUCCUCAGCACCACGCACCACCUGUUCGGCGACGACUGGAACCCCGUCGGCUGGCCGCAGUACCUGUUCCACCUCUCCAGCCAGCAGGGGCAGAACCUGUACCACCUGCACGCAACGACGAGCUGGGACUCUAUGUUCGACUUCUCGCGCCUGCUGCUGCCACAUCUGCACUGGCGCAAACUCACCUGGACGCUGCGCGUGCCGACGUGGCAGAAACCCAACGAUCAGGAUUACUGGAGCCUCGUGGUCGAUGACCUGAAUCUUAAAUGUCCCCUUUCCGUAGGGUUCCUCCCGAGCUCGUGUCGCGAGGUCAAUGUGGAGAUUGAAUUGCGUGCGGAUUACGAUGAGCCGAUUGGCAUGUUACGCGAACGAGCGGCGCAGUACCGCAGCUCCGAGGCGCAGAAGAGAGAUGGAUUGAGGUUGCCGUUUGACGAGGAGUACUCGAUCGAGUAUACAUGGGAUGCCAUGGAUUUCAGUGAGAGGUCUGAUACGGGGCACUAUGUUGCGCGCACCUACCAUGUUAUUCGACUCUGUUGGCGGGAGAGGGUUCCGGAGAGGGAGUACAUGCACUACGAUCAUGUCGACUGUCUCCGAAGCAAAAUUUUCAAACCGGUUAUAGAAAGGCGUGCAAAGGACGGUGAAGAAGCAGAGUUAGAUUAGAUGGGGAUAUAAAUAAUCUCGUCCACCGUCUCCGAAACUAUAUUAUCAAACGGGUUAUAGAACGACGUACAAAGGAAGGUGAAGCGGAAGAUUUAGGUUAGAUACGAAGAAGACGAACACAGAGGUAAAACGCGAUACAAAUU